CCCGCAUUCAUUGGCCUUCUUUGCUCGGGCUCGUCCUUGAUCUUUCGUGUCUGCUGAUUUCUCCCGGAUUAUGCGGUUGGUGCGCUUGGUGACUCGGCCAACUUGAAAUCAUGGAGCUCUCACGACAGGAAUACCCGGCGCUGCUGGCCACUCUCUACCCUAGUCAAGCUACAACUGUUCUCAGCGACCGCAUUCGAGUCAUCAGCAAGAUCCAUUCGGAUAUCGCGGACUUCCUCCAGGAGCGUCGUCGCCUCGAAGAAUCAUACGCUCAGAGCUUGCGAAAGCUGGCGCAUCGCCCCCAACUCGAUAAUGGGGCCGCGCUCGGCAUCUUUCAAAUCCCCUGGCAGCGCAUUCUCAAUGCCACCGAGACGCUGGCCGUAUCCCACGAGACCCUCGCGACCAAGAUCGAAGAGGACGUGGAACGGCCCCUAAGGGAAUACAGCAGCAAGAACCGCGACAUGCAGCAAAUGUCCGGCAUUCAAAGUAAUUUGGCGGGACUAGCUAAGAAUGUGGAGGAAGCGCAGAAGAAGGUCGAAAAGGCCAAGGGCAAGGGCACGAAAGGCGCCGACAAGCUGGCCAGUGCAAUCGCCGCGGUGGACGAAAUUAACCAGCAAUGGGAGUCGCGCGCCCCAUUCGUUUUCGAGCAGCUCCAGGCAGCCGACGAAGGCCGACUCAACCACCUUCGGGACGUGCUCACCCAGCUGGAGACGCAUGAGGUAGACCAGGUCGAGCGCGGUCGGCAAGCUGCGGAGAGUUGUCUGAACGUCCUUCUCAAUGUGGAAACGGCCGAUGAGAUCAAGACCUUUGCGGCCAAGAUGGCUGGCAACCGUGCCCCCAUCUCGCCGGUGACGUCUCGGAGACAACCGUCUCAGGCGGAAAAUCCGGCUGCAACGCCGCCUAUGCAAACACCUCCAGCCGCGGCACCACUUGCGCCUCCCCCGCACAUUCAGGACGAUGCGGCUAGUCAGCGGUCGGAACAAUCGGAGAGGGCUACCGCUGUCCAAACUCCCCCAGCCCCAGAGCCGCAACCCCGGCACACCCCUCUAGGAGGGUUGAGGCGACUCGGCACUGUUAUGAAUAGGCGCAAGAGCGUGGUUGGACCAUCGGCCGGAACACAUGACCGAAAGACAGAGAAGAAGCACCGCAGUCCUUUCGCACCCUUCAAGAGAAGCGAUUCCUCGAAAGAUAUGCAAAUUCCCGAAUCGCCUCCAGGAACACCUUCGGACCGCCCGGGAACGUCCUUGACCGAAGAAACCACGCACACUUCGAAUAUAUCACGAGAUCGCACCGUGACGGAUACUGUCACGUCGGCUCCCGUCACUCAACCGGAGCCAACCGCCACCAAUGGCACCUCACAUGAGGCCCAGGCUGGAUUUCUGAGCAACGGUGCCAACCAGAUCGACUCGGAAGGAUUCACUGAGCGUCCUUCCACAAUCGAUGAGAUCACACGCGCCCAGAGGGAGGCAGGGUUGGAGGAUCCCGGCGUGAACCUGACAAUCCGGGAUCAGCCAAUCUUCGAAGAUGAGAGCCAGGCUAAACAGGCGAUGGACGAUAUGGCUAAUACUCUUCGAUUGCGUGCCCAGCAAUCUGGUAAUAUCCGACGGAAUGCCGGUACCAUCCGUGGCCGCCGUGACGUUCGAAACACGGUGUUUGUCCCAAACCCCAGCUCUGAGAUGGCCACGACCUCGGGAGCACCCGACAUGUAUGCUCCCUCAUCGCCGAUCAAGCACGGUGCAUCUCUCAGCAAUGUGACGGACGACCAAGCUAUGUCGGACACGACUUCUGUUCGCUCGGGGCACACCAUGCAAGGCCCUGUGCCUACCAUGCAUCCUGAUCUCUAUGAAUCAGGCUUGAAUGCAUCCAUCAUCGAAACAGUCAACGCUUGGUUCUCCGACGGUAUUGUGACAAAGUCCUCUGUGGUGGGAGAGCUUGCUCUAGCUCACAACCCCACACCCGGUGCUCCAGCGGAGUCCACACGGAUUCGCCUGGACAACUUCCCUGUAUUGGAGAAGGUGGCUGCCAACCCGCAUUUUGUCCAGGAAAUUACCGACGAGGACCGAGGCCAGUAUGAGAUCCAGCUGAGCAGCAUCUCGCGGCCCAUGCCUACAGUCGCAUUCAAGUACCAAAUCCACUUGGAUGAUGCUAACCCCUCCACCUAUUGCCCCGUCAUCUUCAAGCCAGCAUGGAACCUACAAGAACACCAAGCCAGCGCCAUCAUCUUCUACUCCCUCAACCCAUCCUUCAUCUCGCAGCCUGCCGAGUCUAUCGUCUUGAAGAACGUGGUCCUGACCAUCGGCCUGGAUAUCGCUGCCGAAGACGAAGCCACCAAGCAGCCGCGCGACUCUGUCGCCCACGCUACCAGCGCCGUCAUGCACCCGAACCAGGGCGCCACCUUCCGUCGCAAGAACUCCACCGUCACCUGGAGGAUCCCCGAGUUGGAGGUGAAGGCCCUCGGCGCCGGCGAAGACGGCAAGUUCCUGGUUCGCUUCUCGACCUCGACUAGCGGACCGCGCAAGGGCAAUGUCGAGGCCAAGUUCGAGCUCAGCACAGCAGCAGCCGGCUCCCGACUCGGUAUCAGCCGUGCCGUGACGGACGCGUCUCCGAAGGAAGUCGAUCCCUUCGCCGACGAGGCCGCGCAGAGAGCUGCCGCUGUUGCUUGGGAGGAGGUCCCGACUGCACGCAAGCUGGUCGGUGGGAAGUACGUCGCUGCCUAA